UCCGAUAUGGUGUAGUGGCCAACAUGAUGCCCUCUCACCGUGUGAGAGGUUAGGCAUAGCCCCGAGUUCGAUUCUCGGUUUCGGAACAUUUUAUCUUUUGCAUCCAAUCUUUUUAUGCAGCCACGUAUGGUCUAUGUAUGCCGUUCCCUUUCAUCCUCUCUGUCCUCUCUGUCAGUCGCUGCGUCGGCAGUUUUGCAAGGCAAACAAGCCCGCCCCCCUUACCAUUUCCACCGAACGAGACACCUGGGCGGUUUCUGCUCGAGCAGACCUCGGUGAACAUUGCUCGUUCUGGCAGGCUUGACGCGCUGCACCCGUCGCCUCCGUCGCCUGACGAGCACUUGCCGGGGGCCAAACUGCCUUUUACCGCCUUCUACUUAACCGCGUCAUUCGGGCGUCAUCAUAUCCACGUUGGGGGGCCCAUGUUGGUUCGCCGACAGAAACCUGAUGACAAAGCUCUUGCUGUCAUGUCACGCGAAGCUGUUGUUGAGGAGAUAUGGACCGCAUGUCUAUCAGCCAUCAGGAGCAACUUCCUCUCACUUUCUUUUUCCCAUCACCCAGUCCGAUUCCUUACACCCGAGUUCAAGACUCUGGAUAAGGAGAAGGUCAUAAAAAAAAAAAAACAAUGAGGGCUCUUUGUUCCUCCUCUUCAAGAGCGAUUGGACCCCGUAUAACCAUGUCUUCAUUGCUCGGCUUUUGGUUAUAAUUCUCAAUAGUAAAGUGCUAUGGUCUAAGAACCCGAAUGUCUUCAACCGUUCACAACCACAACAAUGGCAUUAUAGUAGCCCUCGAAGAUGAUCUCGCCAGAGUUCGUCAGCUUAUUUGUGCUCCUCGCUCACUAACUGGUCAAAGGGCCUGGCCUCUCUCGCCCCAGGAAUCGAGAAAGAAUUGAUUAUCCAUAUGCCGCUCAGAGUGAUGAUUGAACGUACGCCGGUCCUUCGGCUGUGUUUCUCAAGUGCAUACUGCUUUGAUCAGAUAUAGACGACUUCCUUUCUACACAGCUGCCUGUAUCUUAUAGCUUAAUUUAAUCAUUCUAUCGGUACCAUGCAUACACAUUCCACAAGCAUUCGACCGCAGCAAAAGAUCUCCUCCGAGAGCUGUCGAACUUAAAACAGCAUAAUUAUUUCCCAAAGUUGGCGACCUUGCUGUCAAGUUGUAUUUGUCAAGUCAGCUCAACCGAGUCGACUGCGUCGAGCGUUCGGUGUAGUGACAGGGAUCGGGAACGCUGUCGGGUUGAACGGCAUGCAUGUAAGAUUGAAGAAGCUCGACCAAACUUGAGCGUCACGCCACGGGCCCUGCUCGUUACUCAGCGGGCGCCCGGGGCCCGGAUGAGCAACCCAGUUGACAGAAGCAACAAGGCCCAGCCAGAAUCAUCAUGCAUCAUGGCGUCGGAGGGAAAACCAGUCUCGAAUCUCUCGGCCGUAUGAGUCAGUUAUACAAACGAAACAAUAUUGAGAUGGCUCACGGCCGGCCGUUGGGAACGUGCUUUUCGCAGUGCGGGUGGAUCU